AUGACAACAGAAAGUGUUGCCGACAAGGUAGAAUGCGGCAGCCAAGAUAAUUCCCCCAGUGCUGAUAUAUUCAAGGUCCCAGAUAGCGUCCUUGUGAUGAAGAGUGGAAUUCCUAGCCCUGUUGGAAAAGAAAGUAAACAGAACGAAGCUUCAACGGUGAAUAAGAACUAUGAAGAAGGCUCCGAUUAUGUGAGAAAGAGAGUUAGAUACUUCGGUAAAAUUUCUGUUUUAUGGAAUGUAAUUCCCAGCAAGAAAAGUAGGUUCUGGCUUUACUUCGAAUUGGUUAUUAUUUUCGCAUUCAUUGCGCAAAUUACUGCGUCAACUUUGUAUGUACAAUGGAUUCACCCAAAAGUUAUGGAAUUACGACUUCGCAAGGACGGCGUGAUGUAUUCUUCAAGGAUGAUACCAGAUGACUACGUGGAUUAUGAAUUCUUCGUCAAAUACUUACCCACAUGA